GAGAACCUAGCCAUUGGUAUAACAAUGUAAAUAUUAACAGAAUGAAAGUAUAAUGGUGAUUACUCCAUUUAGUUUCAGACUCAUCUGAAAUCUGUGGAAGAAGUAAAGGGUUUUCAAAAAUGGGACAUAAAUUACUUGCCUUCUUCUUCGCCUUAAUAUGUAUACCAGGUCUUUUUGCAUUCAUCCUGGAUCCAUCACAAAACCCUGUGGCAGUCGGGAGCAAUGUCACCAUAAGAGUGAAUGACUUCAUCCCCAUUACAGUUGGAUCCUGGUUGUAUGAGAGUAGUAUAUUGUUCAUGUGGUACCCAGAGGAAAUUUUAUUGGGUAGUAACCACCAAACUGAAAUAGAAUUUAACAUAGCUACAUUUCAGCUCACCUUAUCAUCAGUAACUCUGAAGAGUUCUGGCAAGUAUGUAUUAUAUUCCUUUAGACCGAACAUGACCAGAGCAGAGAUUACAUUAGAUGUUCAGGAACCUGUCAGUAAUGUAACUGCAGAUGUAAACAUGACAAACCUGGUGGAGUUUACCGACACCGUGGCGUUCACAUGCAACGCCAGCGGGACGGCACUGUGGUUUUCAUGGCAGAACGGCAGCUCUGCAGUCACAGAGGGAGGAAGAGUUCAGCUCAGCAACAAUGGACGAGAUCUCGUCAUCAGUGGUGUGACGCGGUACGACGAAGGACCGUUCCAGUGUAUUGUGAAAAACAAUGUCAGCAGUGGACAGAGUAUUCAAAAGAAUCUCAAUAUAAGCUAUGGGCCUAGUAACCUGAGAAUUACAGCCUCGCCAGAGAAAAUGGUAUACGCUUCUGGUUCGGCCAUUUCUCUGUCAUGCUCUGCUGACUCCAAACCAUCAGCUUCUUUCUACUGGAUGUACAACGACAAUCCUCUGAAUAUCAAUAGUUGGAUAUAUAAUCUUACAGACACUACUCAGAACACAACAGGACAGUACACCUGCGUUGCCCAAAAUGCAGUCACGCUCAGAUAUGCUGCAGUGACAAAAACUAUUCGUGUAGUUGAUCCAAUUUCAGCAGUGUCAGUGAAUCCAUCAGGCUCUCCAGUAGAAGACAUGCCUUUUAAUCUAAGCUGUAAUGUUGUGGGCCCAGUGGACUCUAUUCAGUGGUUGAAGAACGGCAUGCACCUGUACGCCGACAAUAUGAUCACUUUCUUCAAUGACAACUCAACCUUGAGCUUUAAGAAACUGGCUCUUACUGAUGACGGACUGUACAAGUGUGCAGCUAGUAAUGCUGUCAGCAACAAUGAAAGCCAGGACUACAACCUUAUGGUCAACUAUGGUCCAUGGAACAUAACAAUCUCUGGUCCAACUAUAGGAGCUGUAGGACAAAAUGUGACCUUCAACUGUUCUGCUAACUCUUACCCCACCAGUCAAUACAGCUGGUUCCACAAUGGUUCAAUGGUGGGAGAUGGCUCAGUGUAUGUGACUGCAGCUCUCUCACUAACCAACAGUGGACAGUACACCUGCAUGGCCUUCAAUCACAUCACAGGCAGCAGCAGCAACGCCUCAGUGCAGUUAACUUUAAAAUAUCCAGUCAGUCAUGUUAUUGUAAAUGCGGACAAUCAGCAACCAAUCUUCAACCAACCAUUCACACUAACCUGCACUGGCAGUGGAGAUGUUGAGCACAUUCAGUGGAUGAAGAACGGCAUGCUCCUGUAUCCUAAAAAUGGAAUCUCUUUCUCCACUAACAAUUCCACCCUGAGAUUCCAAAAUCUCUCUCUCAAUGAUGACGGACAAUAUCAGUGUGAAGCAAGCAACGCUUUUAGCAGCAUGACCAGCGAGGCCUAUGACCUGAUGGUCAACUAUGGUCCAUGGAACACGACAAUCCAAGGCCCAAUCAUAGCAGAGACUGCGUCCAUUGUGACCUUUAACUGUUCUGCGGACUCUCGUCCUCAAAGUCAAUACAGUUGGUUCUACAAUAGUGCAAAGGUGGGAAAUGGCUCAGUGUAUGUGACAAACUUACUAAUAAACAGUGGACAGUACACCUGCAUGGCCUUCAAUCACAUCACAGACAGCAGCAGCAAUGCUUCAGUGCAGUUAACUGUCAUUGAUGCCAUCACUGCAGUGGAGGUGAUCUCUGAUACUCUCAAUCCUCUGGCUUCUCAAAUCCUGCACCUCAAAUGUGAUGUGAAGGGACGCUACAACACACUCUUCUGGCUUCGAAACAACCAGACUUUCCUGCCAUCAGACACAGUUAUAUUUUCAGCAGAUAAUACCAAUGUGACCUUCACAUAUCUGAAGACCGCUGAUGAUGGGAUAUACCAGUGUGUCGCAGCAAAUGCAGUGAAACAGCAUGCCAGUAAACCAUAUAAUCUUGUGGUCAACUUUGGACCACAGAGUGUGCAGAUCAUUGUACGUCCAGGGAUUCCACCCAAGUUGACAUGCCAAGCAGUGUCUCAGCCGCCAGCUGAGUAUCAUUGGAUCCUAGAAAACAACACAGUAAUAGGAAAUCAAUCUACCAUUGAGAUUCCCAUGAAGUAUAUCCUGGGCAGCAAUUACACCUGUGUGGCCAAAAACCCUUUGACAAAUGUGACGGUCUACACCAGCCAAGUCGUCAAUUACAUCAAUGCUGCAGUCAGCGUCCAGGCAAGUGUGGUGAUGACGGCUCUCCUCGCUCUGCUGCUCCCUGUGCUGGAGGAAUGGCUCUAAUACUGAUAUUACCGAUAUAACAUGGCAUUUGUCUGUCAUGUUGCCUGUAGAUUAGCUGAACUUCUAAAAUUAAAUGUAAAACAUAUUUAAAUAUUAAUGAAAGCCAGACAUAAGCAUUUACUAAUGUAACACUGUGAGGGUUACAUUUUAAUAGAACCAUACUGCAUUAUUCACCUACAUAUUUAUUUUCUAAAAAUGAUUAGACAGUGAUUUAAUGAAUAACCCAUUUAAUAUGCUAUACCCUAAAUUAUUGUUGAACUACAGAGAGUCUGGAUUAUAUGCACCAAAUUAAGGCAAAUUACUUAUCCAAAUGACAAAUUAUCUUUCUGUUUGCUUCGCAAAGUUCAUGUUUCUUAUAUCAUCAAUCAUAAAACAUGAUAUGCCUACUGUGUGAUUAUGUAUUUUGUGAUUAUUUAAAAGAUAAAAAAAUGUGAAAUGUGAUAUAUUUUCUUUACAGAAUUAAAUAAAAGCAAAUUAUUCAAACAAA